UAAAGAGAGAGAGCCCGAGAGAGAGCAAGCAGAGCUCCGUGCUCAGCACCGCCGAGGCAGCAAUUUCCAGCGCCCGGAGACAGGAUGGAAAGACUGUUCAGCAGAAGUAAACAGGAACACCCGGAGCCCGUCCAGGCAGAAGUGCACGGCGAGAUACCAAGCUGGAUGGAGGGAGUCCUUAUUCGCAAUGGCCCGGGCAUGCAUAAAAUCGGGGAAACCGAAUACAAUCACUGGUUCGAUGGCAUGGCUUUGUUGCACAGUUUUACGAUAAAGAAUGGUGACGUUUUCUAUAGAAGCAAAUACCUCCGCAGCGAUACUUACAACCGCAAUGUUGAAGCCAACAGAAUUGUGGUGUCAGAAUUUGGAACGAUGGCUUAUCCAGAUCCGUGUAAAAACAUAUUUGCCAAGGCCUUCUCUUAUCUGUCCCACACAAUACCUGAAUUCACGGACAACUGCCUGAUCAACAUCAUCAGAAAUGGAGAGGAUUACUAUGCCAGCAGUGAAGUCAAUUUCAUCAGGAAAAUUGAUCCUCAGACUCUGGAAACUCUAGAAAAGGUUGACUACUCCAAGUAUGCAGCCGUCAAUCUGGCAACAGCCCAUCCUCAUUAUGACAGUGCUGGGAAUACUCUCAACAUGGGCACCUCCAUCGUCAAUAAGGGAAAGACAAAAUACAUUCUCUUUCAGAUCCCCCCUUCAGCACCAGGAAGCAAACCGAAGGGGGGAAAGCCUUUCUUGAAGAACCUGGAAGUGGUCUGCUCCAUCCCCUCCCGCUCUCUACUGCAGCCCAGCUAUUCCCACAGCUUUGGGAUUUCGGAAAAUUAUAUCCUGUUUAUCGAGCAGCCGUUCAAGCUGGACAUACUCAAGAUGGCAACAGCCUACGUUCGAGGGGUCAGCUGGGCCUCUUGCCUUGUCUUCCAUAAGGACGAAAAGACCUGGAUUCACCUUGUUGACAGACGAAGCAAAAAAGAAGUGCCUGCCAAGUUCUGCACGGAUGCCCUGGUCGUCUUUCACCAUGUGAAUGCUUACGAGGAAAAUGGCCAUCUAGUUUUGGACCUCAUUUCCUACAAGGAUAAUAGCCUGUAUGACUUGUUCUAUUUAAAAAACCUGGAUGGGAACUUUGAAAACACUGCCAAAAUCCCUUCUGUACCAUGCUGCAAGCGAUUUGUGGUUCCUCUGCAGUUUGACAAGGAUGCAGAAGUGAAUUCGAAUUUGGUCCACCUCCCAUCAACCACUGCAAGUGCUGUGAAGGAAAAGGAUGACAGCGUUUACUGCCAGCCUGAAAUACUUUGUGAAGGAAUAGAACUGCCUCGCAUCAACUAUGAUUAUAAUGGAAGAAAGUACAGAUACAUCUAUGCAGUGGAGGUGAAAUGGACUCCAGUUCCCACACAGAUAAUUAAAUUUGACAUUCUGAGCAAGAGAAAACUUCAUUGGGAGGAAGAACAUUGUUGGCCAGCAGAACCAGUCUUCGUACCUAGUCCUAACGCCAAAGAAGAAGAUGACGGUAUUAUCCUAUCAACCAUUGUGACAACACAACCACAGAAGCCACCUUUCCUGCUCAUCCUGGAUGCUAAAACCUUCAAGGAAAGAGCUCGGGCGACGGUGAACGUAGAACUGCACCUGGAUUUACAUGGAAUCUUCAUCCCUGAGAAGGAUUUGAAAACAGAGCAGGAGACUGAGGUGGAAGGAGGACAUGAAUCAAAGGGAUGUCCAUCUAAUAAAACAAACAACAUCCCUGAAACCAGCCUCCUUGCUAAACAACAGAUGGAAGGCUUGUAAUGAUUCAGAUCUUGGGACUUUUGCCUGUGCUGUUGGGGUAACUGAGUUUACGGCAUUAUGCUGGCAUAAUGAUCAAUAUGUUGCACCUUAAGUAUGUAUUGUUUGGGACAGCUAGUGGUUCAAACUAGGGAUAACAUUUCUGGGUUGUGGAAUUCCUGGAGA